AGAUUAGGAGAGGUCGAGAGGGCCGUGCACCAUUUCAAGCAAUCUGGAUCGGAGGCCGAUCCAGAUUGCAUGAGAAAGGCAGAGCAAAUUCAAUCACAUUUGAACAAGUGUACUGAGGCAAAAAGGCGGCAUGACUGGAGCAAUUUGUAUGAAGAAACCGAGAUUUGUAUAGCGGCCGGUGCUGAUUCAGCACCGUUGAUAUUUGGCUUGAGAGCCGAGGCAUUGCUGAGGCUUAACAGGCAAGAAGAAGCAAUCGAGUCUAUGGAAAAGGGCCCAAAUUUUGAAAUCGAUGAUUGCAUAAGGUUUUUCGGGCCGGUCGGGAGCUCGAGUCUAUUGUUAUUUCGAGCUCAGGUCGACUUGGCUGCAGGGAGGUUCGACGAUGCUGUGGGGUCCGCUCAACGGGCUUCGAGGCUCGACCCGAACAACAAGGAGGCGCAUGCGGUGGUUCGGAGGAUGAAGGCGGCAGCUGCCGCCAGGACCGGUGGCAACGAGCUGUUUAAGGCGGCGAGGUAUUCGGAGGCCAUCAUUGCAUACGGCGAAGGGCUCGGUUUGGACCCGUAUAACGCGGUUUUACUGUUCAACCGAGCCGCGUGCUGUUCAAAACUUGGCCAGUAUGAAAAAGCUGUCGAGGACUGUAGUGCGGCUCUGAACGCGCGUUCGGGCUACAGAAAAGCCCGGUUGAGACGAGCCGAUUGUUACGCAAAGAUGGGACAAUGGGGAGAGUGUGUGAAAGAUUGUGAAGUGUUGAUGAGGGAAAAUCCAGAUGAUGAAGAGAUUGGUAAUAUUCUGAAGGAGGCCAAAAAAGAGUUGGAGAAAAUGAAUGGAGGAUUAAGACAAGAAAUGGGUGGCAUGGUUUCAGUUACAAGUCAAGAGCAUUUUAGAGAUUAUGUCAAAUCUCCUGGAACAUAUAUGGUGUUAUUCUGUAAGAAGGAAGUGGAAAAGGCAGUGAUUGGGCUCAUAGAGCACUUCAAUCAGAGAUACCCUUCAGUCAACUUCCUUAAGGUGGAUGUGGAAGACCACCCUUUACUAGCAAAAUCUGAAGGUGUAAAUUCAUUGCCAGCAUUUGUAAUUUACAUCAAGGGAUCGAGGGCCAAAGAAAUUCCUGGAGACAAUUAUGAUUUACUAGAAAAAUCAAUCAAAAACUAUAUUGGUUCAUGA